UAUUCUCUUUUCUUCUAGUCUUGUCAGUUUUACCCCAGUCUUAUGCUCUACUGACCCCCAUUAAAGCCCCCAAGAAGAAAAUGGCCAUUAAUGGAGUCGUGGUGCUAGGAUCUUUUAUCAUGGUUUUCCUGAUGCGUCCUCAAGAAUCCUGGGCUAUCAAAGAGGACCAUGUGAUCAUCCAGGCUGAGUUCUAUCUGACGCCUGACCCAUCAGGAGAGUUCAUGUUUGACUUCGAUGGUGAUGAGAUUUUCCACGUGGAUAUGGAAAAGAAGGAGACAGUGUGGAGGCUGGAAGAAUUUGGACGUUUUGCCAGCUUUGAGGCCCAGGGUGCCUUGGCCAACAUAGCUGUGGACAAAGCUAACCUGGACAUCAUGAUAAAGCGCUCCAACCACACCCCGAACACCAAUGUACCUCCAGAGGUGACUGUGCUCUCAAACACCCCCGUGGAACUGGGAGAGCCCAACACCCUCAUCUGUUUCAUCGACAAGUUCUCCCCACCAGUGAUCAAUGUCACGUGGCUUCGAAAUGGAAACCCUGUCACCACAGGAGUGUCUGAGACAGUCUUCCUGCCCAGGGAAGACCACCUUUUCCGCAAGUUCCACUAUCUCCCCUUCCUGCCCUCAGCCGACGAUGUCUAUGACUGCAAGGUGGAGCACUGGGGUUUGGACAAGCCUCUUCUCAAACACUGGGAGUUUGAAGCACCAACCCCCCUCCCAGAGACAAAAGAGAAUGUGGUGUGUGCCCUGGGCCUGGUUGUGGGUCUGGUUGGCAUCAUUGUCGGGACCAUCUUCAUCAUCAAGGGCACACGCAAGGUCAAUGCUGGUGAACGCCGAGGGCCUCUGUGAGGCACCUGCAGGCAAUGCAGUUUCCAAGAGAGAAGAUCAAUGAAGAAAUUUGUGCUUCAGUAGUUUUAUAAACCUGGCAAUACUCCAACUGUUCGCCUCACUGAAGGCAACCAUUCUUCAGCAUUUUCCAGCCCUUUACCUAUUCUAAGAAUGAUGAUGCCUUCCUGAUCUGUCCAGACUCUGACAUCUAGUUAUUCCCAAUUUGUUGCUCCUUCUUGGGUCUAUUUUCCUCCAUUUUCUACCAUCAUUUUAAUAUCACCAGGGAAUGCCCCCCGAAUAGACCCCACAGGAUCCUGUCUCUGCUAUGGAACCUUGUGAAUGUUCAAUACAGACAUCCCUUCUACACUUAUUGCUUGGGUUUCUUCAAACUGUGACUGUGACUUUUUUGAACACAAUAAACUGUUUGAUGGGUCUGAGA